AUGGAUAGAGUUAUCUUAAUUCAAAAGACUGCUGGAAAUCUUUAUUAACUUUUUCUUAUUAAUAUCUUUAUUAGUAGUCACUUGUACUACAGAAUACAGCAAAAAUAAAAUGAUAUCCGUUAAAUCUUGUUUCACACUUUUAAUAAUGAUAAUUUGCUAUUACUUUUUUCCUUAAAUAACUAAAGAAUAACUUUCAGAAAGUACAUAUCUUGGCCACAAUCUUGGAAGAGUUAAUCGUUUAAAUUGACUAUUUUGAUGUCUUUAUUUACUAUCUACAUAGCGAAAUUCAUAGAUGGAGAAUUGUUUUGGCUCUUUGCUUGGUAUUUAAUUAAUUUAUAAUUAGUAACUCGUUUCUCUUAAAUCCUUAAUAACAAAUUAAAAAUUACAAAAUCAAUUAGUAACAAUAGCCAACCACUUAGGAUGAAUUAAAUGAACUUUAUGAACUUCAACAACACAAUUUAACCAAGAAUCAUGCUUAUAUUAAUUAUACGUUGAUAAUCACAAACAUAUACCGAAAUCUGAUACUGAUUAAUUAAAUUAUGACAUUUAUAGGAUUAAGUCUUUACAAUUGGGCUGACAAAUACAUUCUCUUGAAUCAUUCAACUGUAAAGCACUAACCCUCUUCUAGUUUAUCUCUUGAGAUGUUUACAUUAAUAUCAUAUACUCCUAUUAUAAUUUCUUGUCAACAUCUUAUGAAUUCUAAUGAAGACUAGAUUCCUUAAAUAUAAUUGAUCAGUGCAUUCGUGUUUUAUUUGAUCCCUAAAGACCUGAUUAUUAACAAAAUAUGGAAGAUAAAAAAAUCAAGGAAUUUUCUCCCUAUGAUGAAUCCCAAUUUAAUUCUUGUUAUGAUAGGACAAAUCCUGCCUUACAAGAUAAGGCAAUUCAUAAUUGGAUCAAUUAGAAAAAGCACAUUUUAAACAAAGAAGAAUUCUAGAUUUACUUAAUGA